AUGAAGUGCCAUAUAAACGAUCCUCUCCAUAUUCCACAUGAGUGGUAUCAAUCAGGUAGCCUUCUCAUUGGUGGAAUUGCUUCUCAGAUAAUUUACAUUUCUUCAGAUGUUCUCUUCAGCAAACACCCUUCCCAGGAUGAGUUUGAUGUUCAAGUAGUGGUGGCAAAGUUAUACCAGCACAUCCUAGCCUUGGCGUUUGCUGUGAAUGAGAUCAAUGAGAAUCCAAAGAUCUUGCAUAAUAUCACACUUGGUUUCCACAUCUAUGACAGCUAUUACAGCCUGAUGAUGACCUAUCGUACCACUCUGGACCUGCUUUUCAAUUUGCGUAGAUUUCCCCCCAACUACAGGUGUGAUUUGCCAAAAAACCUGAUGGCUGUCAUUGGUGGCCUUGGCUCAGACAUCUCCUUUCACAUAUCAGACAUAUUAGGUCUCUACAAGAUUCCACAGCUCACAUAUGGCUCCUUUGCCCCAGGGAAAAGUGAUACAACACAACUAUCUUCCUUUUACCGCAUGAUUCCAAAUGAAUCUCAUCAGUACCUGGGGAUUCUCCGAUUACUUCAGCAUUUUGGAUGGAUGUGGGUUGGGCUAUUUGCUGUGAAUGAUGAUAGUGGAGAACAGUUCUUGCAGGUGUUGGAACCAAUGCUUUCUCAGAAUGGCAUCUGUUCAGCCUUUGCAGAAAGAAUUCCAAAGCAAGCAUCUUGGCAUACAGGAAACCAAAUGAACACUAUGGCCUUCAAUAUUAACCAACGUUUGACAAAUAGCACAGCUAAUACAUUGAUUAUCUAUGGAGAAACUAUGAUCAUUUCAUGGUUAAUUCUUAUAGCAGAUCUUGUAUAUAAAGAAAAUAUGAUGUCUUGGAGAAAGCUGUGGAUCAUGACAGCCCAGAUCGAUGUUGCAUUAACAAGCAUUCAAGCCCAAGCAAAUUUGCAAGUGUUCCAAGGUGCUAUUUUGUUCACAGCGCACUCACACGAGCUUCCAAGCUUUAAGGAAUUUCUUCAGAAUAUAAAACUUUGCAGGACACAAGAAAACAGCUUUUUCAAGGACUUCUGUGAGCAAAUAUUUGGCUGCUCAUUUCCAAAUUCCCAGAAUCUGAUGGAGGAUGGUAGUGAAUGUACAGGGGAGGAAAGGCUAGAAAGUCUUCCUGGAUCUCUCUUUGAAAUAGCUGUGACUGGCCACAGCUACAGCAUCUAUAAUGCUGUUUAUGCUGUGGUGCAUUCUUUCCAUGCAAUGUAUUCAUCUAGAUCCAUUCACAGGAUAAAAAGAAAGAAGAGAAGUCUUCAAGAUUUUGGGGCUUGGGAGGUGCUGCCUAUUUCUUUGUGUUGUGACUCCUGCCACCCUGGUUAUCAGAAGAAGAAGAGAGAAGGGGUGAAGUUUUGUUGCUAUGAUUGUGUUCCAUGCCCAGAUGGAGAGAUUUCAAACCAAAAGGACAUGGACAAUUGUUUCAGAUGCCCAGAAAAUCAGUACCCAAGCAAAGGCCAAGAUCGAUGCAUUCCCAGAGCUGUGAGCUUUCUGUCAUAUGAAGAACCAUUAGGGAUUAGUUUAGCUUCACUCUCAGCUAUGCUUUCCCUGAUCACAGUUUUGGUGCUAGGAACUUUUAUUAAGCACAAAGAGACCCCCAUAGUCAAAGCCAACAACCGGGAUGUCACCUAUACUCUUCUGAUCUCUCUCCUGCUUUGCUUUCUCUGUUCUUUCUUAUUUCUCGGAAAACCAAAGAAGGUGACCUGUCUUCUACAACAAUCAGCUUUUGGCAUCAUCUUCACAGUGGCUGUUUCUUCUGUGUUGGCCAAAACCAUCAUUGUGGUUUUGGCUUUCAAGGCCACCAAGCCAGGAUCCAGCAUGAGGAAAUGGGUGGGGAAAACAAUGACAGGUUCAAUUGUUCUUUCCUGCUCCCUUGUUCAAGGAGUCAUUUGUGCAGUGUGGCUAGGAAUCUCUCCCCCCUUUCCAGAUGUUGACAUGCAGUCACUAGCAGGAAAGAUCAUCAUAAAAUGUAAUGAAGGCUAUGUCAACAUGUUUUACAUUGUCAUGGGCUAUAUGGGACUUCUGUCUGUUAUAAGCUUCACUGUGGCUUUCCUAGCCAGGAAGUUGCCAGAUAGUUUUAAUGAAGCCAAGUUCAUCACUUUUAGUAUGCUAGUGUUCUGCAGUGUUUGGGUGUCAUUUGUACCAACGUACCUGAGCACCAAAGGCAAAUACAUGGUGGCUGUGGAGAUCUUCUCUAUUUUAGCUUCCAGUGCUGGGUUACUAGGCUGUAUCUUCUCUCCCAAAUGCUAUAUUAUUUUGCUGAAGCCUGAGCUGAAUCACAGGGAGCAGCUAAGAAAGCGAAAUAAUGGAAGCAACCAAGAACCUUAG